AAUAAAAAUGAUCAUGAAUAUGAAUAAACGGAGACAAUAUAUAUAAAGACGUUAUUUCCAAUAGUUAUCAUUAUUCGAAGUUAAUCUAUACUGACUUGAUAAAAUAUUUUUAUAAUAAAUUAUCUGUUGAGGAUCUUUAAAUCAUCGAAAAUGAAAAGAUUCUUGAUAUUAUUUUGUUUGGGUUCAUUGACAAUUGAUUACACAAAUGGGUGCAAUUGUAUUGGCUUUCCACUUCAAACUUUGUUUUGCAGUUCAGAUUUUGUUAUCAAAAUAAAAGUUACGGAUACUUCAAAAACGGAAGAACCAAUAAAAAAUAAAUACCACGUUGAUAUACUAGAAACUUACAGAGCAAAUGCUGCGGCAGAAGAACCACUCAAACUUAAAUAUUUAAUUACUAAUCCAUACGAAGGAUUGUGUGGCCUCCCACUUGAACGUGACCAAGUUGCUGUUGUUGGAGGACACAUAAUUGAUGGCAAGCCAGAAAUUGGUGUCUGCAAUCUGCAUAUAGAAAAUCCUCAAAAAAUUGAAGCUGCGUCAUAUGUUCUUCGUGAAAAUUUUUCUGAAAUUUGUCCUUCAGCGUAAGCUAAUCAAAUUUUUCUAUUGUACAAAAAAAAAUUUAUAUACUACGAGAUUUGUUUGGAACAAAAAUUUAAUAAAAUUGAAGAUUUUUUUAUUUGUACAAGACAACUUAGGGUCUAUCAGUUUAUAGACAUUUUUCGAACGAUAAAGUAAUAGAUUAUGAGCUAAUUUUUUGUGAAUUUAUUUAUUAUGUUUAUUGUAUUACAUUUUUAACUUCCCGCUGAGAGUGUGUGUGUGUGUGUGUGUGUGGAUGUAAACCUCUCAUAUCUUUUUGAUGAAUAAACCGAUUUAGAUGGUUCUUGCGGCAUUCGAAAUAUAUCUUCUGAACUUAGAUUUUCAAGAAAAUUUUAGACCAUUUAGUCAAAUAGACUCUGAGAUAUUUAAGAAAUACAAAAAAAAAAAAAAAAAAUUUUUUUUCGUUUUUUUUUUGAUAUUUUGAAAACUGUCGAAUCGAUCAAUUCCAAAAUCUAAUCAGCUCUAGAACUCAAUAAAAGCUUUCGAUUGCCACCAAGAACGUCUCAAUCAGAUAAUCCGUUCAGAAGAUACCGACGACGAAAGAAAUAGUAAAAAACGGUUUUUUGCAAAUAUCGUCGAAACGACUGAACCAAUCAUUCACAAAAAUCUAAUCAGCUCUAGAACUUGAUGAAACGCGUCGAUUGCCGCCUCAACCAUCAAAAUCGGUUAAUUCGUUCGCGAGAUAUCGUGGGAGAAAGAAAUGCUGAAAAAUGAUUUUUUAUAAAACAAUGGCAUACAAAAGUAUUUUCAAGCUCAAAGAGCUCGAAAAUGUGUUCACAGUGAUGUUUUCAAGCUCUUUGAGCUCAAAAACAGCGGGAAGUUUUGGGGCUGGCCCACAGGGCCAACCGACGCUCAGGUUUUUUUUUUUUUGUUUUUUAAUUAUAUAAGUAUUUUUGUUAUUAUGAUAAAAGAACCUACUCAAAUAUCUCGA